CCGGAAGGAGGAGCUCAGCUGACACACUAAGAUGAAUCUCUGUGUUUAGGAAAGCUUGGGGGUUCAGCUCCUUUUACUGCAAGAGAGCCAGAACUCGAUUAAUGCAAUUUUGAAGCAUGGCCUGAAUGAUUCAGUCAUUAUCAAGUCAAACUACAGAUGGUGAAAGGUUGCUACCAUUGCCAAAUAGGUACAUAUCACAAGGUGAAAUCCUUUUCUCCACGGCCUUUUAAAGCAUUCACAUCUCCAGGGAAAAACCUGAAGACAUAAAAGCUACAGACAAGGAACAUGUCAUUUAGCACCUUCACUUUUGAUUCUGACAGAAGACGAUGAGAAGCCACACCAUGACCGUGACGACUCCCUCAGUUGGCGGCAGGCCUUGCUCCUCCCAGGGAGUGCACUUUAUAACUAAUCACAGUGUCCAACUGCCACACAACUUCUCAGGAGCAUCAAAUUUUACUGCCUGUUCCAUGGAUGAAAAAUUACUCUCUAGUGUGUUAACAACAUUCUACUCUGUUAUUUUCAUAGUGGGACUUGUUGGAAACAUAAUUGCCCUCUAUGUAUUUCUUGGUAUCCACCAUAAAAGAAAUUCCAUUCAGAUUUACCUACUGAAUGUAGCCAUUGCAGACCUCUUACUUAUCUUCUGCCUCCCUUUCCGAAUAAUGUAUCACAUUAACCAAAACAAGUGGAUACUAGGUGUGAUUCUUUGCAAGGUUGUGGGAACACUAUUUUAUAUGAACAUGUACAUUAGCAUUAUUUUGCUUGGAUUCAUCAGUUUGGAUCGCUACAUAAAAAUUAAUCGGUCUAUACAGCAGCGGAAGGCAAUAACAACCAAACAAAGUAUUUAUGUUUGCUGUACAGUAUGGACAGUUGCUCUUGCUGGAUUUUUAACUAUGAUUAUUUUAACCCUUAAGAAAGGAGGUCAUAAUUCCACCAUGUGUUUCCAUUACAGAGAUAAGCAUAAUGCAAAAGGAGAAGCAAUUUUUAACUUUAUUCUUGUGGUAAUGUUCUGGCUAAUUUUCCUACUAAUAAUCCUUUCAUAUAUUAAGAUUGGCAAGAACCUAUUGAGGAUUUCCAAAAGGAGGUCAAAAUUUCCUAAUUCUGGUAAAUAUGCCACUACAGCCCGAAAUUCCUUUAUUGUACUGAUUAUUUUUACUAUAUGCUUUGUUCCCUAUCAUGCCUUCCGAUUUAUCUAUAUUUCUUCACAGCUAAAUGGAUCAUCUUGCUAUUGGAAGGAAAUCGUUCACAAAACCAAUGAGAUAAUGCUGGUUUUCUCAUCUUUCAAUAGUUGCUUAGAUCCAGUCAUGUAUUUCCUGAUGUCUAGUAACAUCCGCAAAAUAAUGUGCCAACUUCUUUCUAGACGAUUUCAAGGGGAAGCGAGCAGGAGUGAAAGCACUUCAGAAUUUAAACCAGGAUACUCCCUGCAUGAUACAUCUGCUAUAGCAAAAAUUCAUUUGACUUCUUAAAGCACUUGAAGUAAACAUUAAAAAUAAUAAUAAAAUGCAACCUCUUAGUUCCUUGAAGAACUAAAAACUAUGAAACAAAGCUCCAGCAUUUACAAAGCUCAGAUCUUCUCAAAGCUCUUUUCUUACUUGUGAUAGUUCAUUUGCUUAAUUGUAAAUAUUUCAAGGGAAAGAAAAGCUUAUAUGCAUCACUAGACUUGAAAUCUCUGUGUAAAAUCUGUUCAAAAUAUAUUGUUAAGCUAACACUCUUAACAUAGAUUAUAUAGUUAAGUGCAAUUUACGGUUUAAACAUUUAAUUAAAAUGUCAUAGCUUUUCAAGUCACUAAAGUCGUUACUCAAAAUCAAGCACCUAAUACUAGAGUGUGUUUAAAAGUUAAGUUAAAUGAUUUGAAGAUUGACUUAAAAUGUCAGAAAACAUAUGUUCACUGUCAUUUAAAAAGCUUGUAAAUUUGCCAGUAUAUUCAUUUAUGCCUAAACCUCUAUAGCAGAUGAAAUGAUAAUUAAUAAAAUUCUACUAAAAAAUGAAA